CGCGUUCCUCUGGCGACGUCACCGGCGUCAUUUCCGCCCGGCAGACCCCGGAUGAAGCUGCCAUUGGGUGAAGAGGGCCACCAAAGCUGGAAUUUAAAUUAACGGUGAGGGGUCUGUAGCGGACUGAACCCCCCCACCCCAUCCCCGGGAUUAAUGCUGACAGGGACCGCUCGGUGCCACCGGAGCCGCACCUCAGCUGGAUCCGAGCGACGCCGAGGCGGAGCGGGACGCAGCCGGAGCCGCACGGGCAGGCUGGAGCGAGCAGGGGCUGGCUAGCUCGAGCCAACUGCUGCUAACUGCUCCACUGUUAGCAAACUAAACGCGCAGCGCACAUCCUCGGGCGCUAACAAGCUCCAGCAGCCGGAGAAAACGUAGUUUUUGGUGGCUACACGUCUCGCCCCGGCUUCAGUCUGAUAGAAAUCCCGAUUAAUGAAUGAUGUCUGCCACGAGUAUCGACCCUCAGACGUCGAAAGGACAAGAUGCUAGUAAAGCCUUUCCAGUUUCAGUGCAGAAUGGUUCCCUCCACCAGAAGGAUACAGUCCAUGACAAUGACUUUGAGCCCUAUCUCACUGGCCAGUCCAAUCAGAAUAACAGCUAUCAAUCCAUGACAGACCCUUACCUGUCCAGCUACUAUGCCCCCUCCAUUGGAUUUCCUUACCCUCUCAGUGAGGCCCCUUGGUCUACAGGAGGUGACCCACCGAUUCCCUACCUUACACCCUAUGCCCCCCUCAGCAAUGGAGACCAUCACUUUAUGCACGACACGGUAUUUGGGCAGCCGGGCGGGCUUGGCAGCAGCAUCUAUCCUCACAGGUUUAACUUUUUCCCAGAGAACCCCGCCUUCUCAGCCUGGGGUACCAGUGGCUCUCAGGGCCAGCAGACUCAGAGCUCAGCUUAUGGGGGCAGCUACAGCUACCCACCCAGCUCUCUGGGAGGCACCCUAGUCCCUGAUGGCCAGACAGGGUUCCACAGUGACACCCUGAGCAAGGCUCCAGGUAUGAACAGCCUAGAGCAGGGCAUGCUGGGCCUAAAAUUAGGUGGGGAUGUGACAGGAAGUGGCUCGGGUGUGAAGAGUGUAGGCUCUGUGAUUGGUGGCAGCGGCAGUGUGGCUGCAGCUGUUGCCACGGGCAACGGCGGUACACCAAUCGGAAUGCCCCCUCCAAAACCUACAUCGUGGGCUGCUAUUGCCAGUAAACCUGCCAAACUGCAGCAGCUAAAGACCAAGACCAAGCCCGGCAUGCCCAUAGCAGGAGGAGCUCUGCCUCCGCCGCCUAUUAAACACAGCAUGGACAUUGAUACAUGGGAUAACAAAGGGACUGUGACCAAAGUGGCGCCUCCUUUGCCCCCCCACCACCAUCAGCACCAGCCACAGCAGCUUCACUCCCAUGCUCACCUUCCCCACAGUCUGCCCCCUCCCCCCCAGCAGUCCCUGCAGUCAGCCCAGUCUCUGGUGCAGCAGAUGACCAUGCAGGGCCCGCCUCCUCCUCCACAGUCGUACCAGAACCACAACUCUGGUCCGCCACCGCAGACCCGCUGGGUCGCCCCACGCAACCGCAACCCAGGCUACGGUGGCGGGAGCUUGGACAGCAGUGGUUCCUCUAACGGUGGCGGUAUUGGAAACGGAGGCGGGGGGGGCGGGGGUGUCCCACCGGGGGCGGGGCCAGGGUUGGAGUCCCAUCCGGUGCUGGAGAAGCUACGAGCCGCCCACAGCUACAACCCCAAGGAGUUUGACUGGAACCUGAAGAACGGCCGCGUGUUCAUCAUCAAGAGCUACUCUGAGGACGACAUCCACCGCUCCAUCAAGUAUUCCAUCUGGUGUAGCACGGAGCACGGCAACAAGCGUCUGGACUCAGCCUUCAGAGCUAUGAACUCUAAAGGUCCCGUGUACUUGCUGUUCAGCGUCAACGGCAGCGGUCAUUUCUGCGGUGUGGCGGAAAUGCGCUCGCCUGUGGACUACGGCACCAGCGCUGGCGUUUGGGCACAGGACAAGUGGAAGGGCAAGUUUGACGUGAACUGGUUAUUUGUUAAGGACGUGCCUAAUAGCCAGCUGCGCCACAUCCGCCUGGAGAACAACGACAACAAGCCAGUGACCAACUCGCGUGACACUCAGGAGGUGCCUCUGGAGAAGGCAAAGCAGGUGCUCAAGAUUAUCGCCACCUACAAACACACCACCUCCAUCUUCGAUGACUUCUCCCACUAUGAGAAGAAGCAAGAGGAGGAGGAGGUUGUGAGAAAGAGUUAUGAGCCUGCUCCAAUACAAAGUCGAUCCCGACUUGAUCAGGAUCGUCAGAAUCGAAGUAAACAGUAGAAGACGACUCCUUGAAGCUCGAUCAACAGUUGUGCUCGGAUGGACAUAAUGAAAUUUAGAUUUAAAAAGAAAACAAGAGGACAUAAAGAAAUUGAAAACUAAUAUUUUUUUCUAUUUAAUUUUGGUGACUUUGGCCCAAGUCAAACUUUGAGCCACCUUGCUCCUGGUUCCCAGUCUUCAAGAUGUGCGUGCAGGGAUGAAGCCAGUUCCACCAGUCAAAUAGCUUCAAUAAUCUUUUUUUUUUCCUUCUUCUUUUUUUCUGUAUUUUUUUUAGCCUUAUAAAUCUUUAUUGCUACCCCAAAACAUGCAUUCUUAACUAAUUAUAAGUAACAAAUACCUGCACGUCUGUUUUGAAAAUCUCUUGACAACAUGCUGCUGAUAUUCAGUGACUGUUCACCGUGUGGUUUGUGUGUUGGAGAAAUGUUAAGUGCUUGUAUUGGUUAUUCUUAAGAGUGAACAACACUUUAUUGACAAAUGUCUGCUAUCUGUACGUGGCCAGUUGUACUUUCUAUCAUCAGAGGAAAAAAAAACUUUUGCCCUUUUUUUAAAAAAAAAAAAUCCAUGUAACUUGGUGGAGGAAUGUCUACACUGAAAGUUUCUGUAUGCAUAAUCACGUGAAAGGUUGACAUUAGAAAGCAUAAAUGUUAGAAAAUGAUUUUGACUAAUAUAUCACUUGGCUUACCACUAAUUUGGAAAUAGCAUGGAGGGACAUGAGUCUUUUUUUUCUCCUCUCCAGAGUGGAGCCUUAAUAUUUCUUUCCAGCGAUUACUGCAAAUGAAAUUCGAUAAUUACAGUACUGUACCUCACGUUUUUCAGCGAGAGAUUUCAGGGAGAAGAUGUUGUCUAGAGAUCACACGCUCUUAAAGGUGGUCCCUCUCUUUAUUAUUUAUGGGAUGGAAAUGCAAACAUACUGUUUAAGUUCAGGUUCUUAUCUAACAAGAAGUUUGCUUUGUUGUAUGUCUUCCUUGUUGGUUUUAAUCAUACAGUAGGUUUUUUUUCUUUCUCUGUUCCCUGCCAUUCCAACAGGGGUCUCUGUUUAUGAAUUUCUGGGGACAAUGUAGCAUGUACUGCUUUUAAAAUCAAGCCAGGCCUGUCACUGUUUUUGUUCCUUGUCCUUUCUUAACAUAAUUAAAAUGUUGAUAUUUUCAUUGCUAUAACCUUUCCACGUCAUCCUCAGAAAAUUUAAGCUUUAAUGUACUGGCAAUGCUAACUGAGAACGCCUCAAAUGUUUAACCUUAGCAUUAUUGUUAACUGAUUUAUUGUCAAGUGUAUGAAAACCCAGAGAAUAGUCAAUAUGGUAUAUGUAUGUGAAUUUUUUGUUAUUUUGGAAUUGCUUGCUGUAUUGUGUGUAUGUAUGCGGGCGUGAAAGACAAAAGAGAGGGAGUAUGAUUAUCGAGCAAUCAGAGUUAUAUAAUGGUAUUGGAAUAUAGAAAAUCUACGAAAAAAGUUUUAAGUCACCCCUGAAUUAAAUAUACAUUGUAUCAAAGGUCACUAUCACAUUCUUAGAUUUGAUCAUGGUCAUUAUUAAAGGUAUACUUAUCUGUU